AUGGGGAGAAUUCCCGAGCUGGGCUCUCUAGCCUGCACGCGGAUCACCGAUUUGGAGGAGAAUACCCAUGCCCUCCAGGGCACAGUAAAGAUGCUGCAGGAGGAGAACCAGCAGCUCCGGAAGGAGGUGGAAGAGUUGGGGACCCAACUCACCCAGGACAAGGCCAACAGCCAAAAGGAAGAGCUGGAGGGAGAACCCCAGUCUAACAUCGCAAACACCAUGAGGCCCUCCAGGGCCACACAGGAGGAGGAACCUUCCAGUCUGGGCCCCCAGAACCAACAGGGGGCCGCGGAGAGGGAGCCGGGGGAGCAGGAGAAGCAGCUGCCUGAAGUCCAGGAGUCCCUGAGGCAGGAGCAGGAGGCCAAGGCCCUUGCGCCGCCGGAGAGAACAACGGAGAGGAGAGGCUGCAGCAGGAGCUUCAAAGAGGCUGGGAGUGCUCCUGAGCCCUGGGCCGUGUGGCUCUCCGCCCGCAGGCUCACUUCCUGGACUGAGCUGCUUCAGGGGGAGCAGGAGGAGCUACGCACCCAGACCCAGGAGCUGCAGGCCUCCCUAGAGGACGCGCAGCGGAAGAUGCGGAUCUGGCAGGCCGCUUACCGUGACCUGAAGGCGGAGCAACGGCCCAAGGAAAUUUUGCUUACCAAGCUGAGCAUCCAGUGCGAGUCGCUCACCCGUGUGAAGAAGGACUGGCAAGAGGAGAAACGUCACCUGAGGAGGGAGAUAGACACCUUGAAAGAGCUGAACGAGAGCCUCCUGGACGCCUGUGAGGAGCACUGCACUGAGAACAUCGAGAGCCGGAAGACUAUGCCUACAGGAGAGGCGGAAGAGGACAGAAGUGGGGAUCCAAAGGAGGCUCAGUGUCCUGCUCCUAGGAAGAAAAAGCGCUGGAGUCGAGCCAGAGCCUUCCUCAAAUUCUUCCAACGCCAGAGAGACGGCUCACGAGGACAAGCCAAGUCACCCGCAGACAGCCUUCCUGGGCCCCUGGAGGCCACCCCAUGGUGCUCAUACUGGGAGGAGAAGGGAGACGCCCGCAGUGGGCCCCCACCAAAAGGUAGGAGGGGCUGGCCUGGCUGCAGGAGGGCAGUGAAGGGGAGGAUCUCAGGUCUUCCUCGAGGUCAGGGCAGAACCGACGAGAUGCGAGCUGGGUGCGCACACGUGUGCUUGGAGCCUGAAGGGGGCUCCGCACGCCCCGUCUGCCCCCUCAGGUGUGUGAACACCCAAGUAGAACAUGUAAGCCCACGUCACUGUGGUGGCAGUUUCAUCCAGAACCAUUUAGUUCCUUCAGCAUGAGGAGCCUCCCCAUCACGUACACUGUGGUGGGUCCUCGAAUAUCCAG